AGAUGCGGUCCUCACGUGCCCGGCAUGUGAUCCAUGAAAGCGUGCGAAUUAAGAGAGGGGCAGCUGAGCUCCAUGGCCUUUUAAUGCUUUCACCCGCUUUGGGUGGUUGUAGCUGCACACCAUAGCUAAUUACCGGAGUUUUCUCUCUUAACAAGAAAAUAAAGAGAAGGAAACCACAGUUAUUUUGAACUCAGACUUAGUAGUGGGGCCUCGCCCUCUUCACAAUUUUUAUGUACAGCUAUUGUUGUUGAUUUGUCCCCACUCACUUAAGCACCUCAUUCAUGGCUGCCCCAACCCUUCUCUUUAUUCGCAUCAAACCCUUUACCUCCAAGUCUUGUUCUUCCUCAUAAAACACUACAUUUUCACUUUUAUUUUAUUACUAUUAUUCUAAUUUUUUGGGGUGCAUUGCUCGCCAAUUUUGUUGAAUUCAGUUUGGAGCAGCUCAGGAUGAGGGGAGCGCCGGUGCAAAGUUUGCACAUUUGGGCUUCAAUUGUGCUUCUGGCUCUUCUGUGUAUACAUGAAUCAUCUGGAAACUCUUUGGGUGAUUCUGCUCUGGCAGAAAGAAGGGCGGAUUUACUUUUACCCCAAAUUUCCCCAACUGCUGCUCCUCAGCCGUUUCUUCCUCUUCUGGCUCCAUCUCCAUUAACACCAUUCACAAAUAGCACAAUCCCCAAAUUAUCUGGAAUUUGUGUGCUGAACUUUACGUCACUAUCAAAUAUGAUGAUGGUGACAUCAACUGAUUGUAUGGCUGCAUUUGCACCAGUUUUGGCUAACGUAGUGUGCUGUCCUCAAGUUGAGGCUACAUUGGUGACUCUCAUUGGCCAAUCUAGUAAAUAUACCAAUACACUAGCUUUAAAUGGAACACUUGCUGCACAUUGCCUAUCAGAUUUUCAAAAGAUUUUGGUGGGUCAGGGAGCCAAUGAAAGUUUAUCUAAGAUUUGCUCGAUUCAUUCAUCAAAUCUUACUGGAGGUUCUUGCCCAGUUAGUGACGUUUCUGAGUUUGAGAGCACUGUAGAAACAUCUAACCUUCUAGCUGCCUGUGGGAAGAUUAAUUCUGUGAAUGAAUGCUGUGAGCAAGUUUGUCAGAAUGCUAUUCUUGAUGCUGCUAGGAAGCUUGCCCAAAAAGCUUACAGUCUUCUAGCCGUAGAUGGUUCUCAUGUGCUGUCUGAUCACACAACUAGGAUUAAUGACUGCAAAAGUAUUGUACUACGAUGGCUUGGAAGUAAACUCGAGCCUUCUCGUGCAAAGGAAGUUCUUCGAGUAAUAUCUAAUUGCAGAAUUAACAAAGGAUGUCCUCUGAAUUUUCCGAACAUGAGUCAUGUCAUAGAAGGGUGUGGUGCUGGAAAGAGUAAUCAAACAGCUUGUUGCAGGUCACUUGAGAGUUACGUCUCUCACCUGCAAAGGCAGAGCUUUGUCACAAACUUGCAAGCUUUAAAUUGUGCUGCAUCACUUGGAGUAAGAUUACGGAAAGCAAACAUUACCAAGAAUGUCUACAGCCAGUGUCAUAUUAGCCUCAAAGACUUCUCCCUCCAAGUUGGUGUUCAGGAAUCUGGAUGCCUCCUUCCCAGCUUGCCAUCAGAUGUAAUAUUUGACCAGUCUGCAGGGGUCAGCUUCGUCUGUGAUUUGAAUGACAACAUUCCAGCCCCUUGGCCUGCAACCACACAGUUGCCAGCUUCAUCGUGCAACAAAACUGCUGUCAAAAUUCCUGCUCUUCCUGCAGUGGCUUCUGGGCAAAGUAAUUUUCAGCAAAAGGGCGCAAACUAUAUUCCAUCUUUGAUGGCCUUCGUUGCCAUCUUGAUUGUGGUGUAGAUCCUACUAGAACAAGUUGUGGUUAUAUAUUUGAUGUGCUCAAUCUGAACCAAAGAGGUGAAAGCAAAAAACGCUCAAACUGAAGCCAAGGAAGUGCACCUCCAGCUAGGUUCUGACCAACCCUCAGUCGAAAAUUGACUCAAGAGGUUAAAUUUCUUACAGUUACCAUUUAUAUAUCUUAUGUGCUGUGCUAGUCUAAUUAUAAUUCGUAAAGAAGCUCCAAAAGGAUAGCCAAAUUCUUGUUGAUUGCAAUGCCUACCGUGUAUAUCAGUUUGGAAUUAAUUUUGUUGCCAUACGUGUUGCCUUAUUCAUUGAUUUUUUCUACUUCAAGGAAGUUAUUAUUCGUUUCAA